AUGUCGUUCUUUGUUACUCUCCUCUGUGCUUCUCAAGGGUAUGCAUAUUGCAACCCGAUGAGUUCGAAUUCCUGCACCUCAUCCUUCUCUCAGUCAACUAUCAUCGGUCUUAUUAUUGGCGGGAUUAUUCUCGUGACUAUUUUGGGCAUUAUUGGCAGAAUCCGUCGCCACAGACUCCGUCGCCAGUCCGUAGCCGCUGCACACAGGCCUGCAGUAUUGACCAAUGGGUAUGGAACACCCAGUAACAAUUAUGGUAGGCCACAAUCAAACGGCUUUCGCCUAUCCCUCGCGCAAGCGCAAUGCGCUCCUGGCCCACAGUUAUCAAGACCUGUCCCCGCUCAAAUGAAUCCUUGGAACCGACAGGGAGUGACCCCAGUACCCUCAUUUCCUCAACCAUCCAAUUCAUCACUGAUGACACACUCCGCACGCACGCGAUCACCGUCCAUGCCUUCUCCGACGUACCAUUCACAUCCAAACCAGACCCCACCUUCACCUCCCUCUUCGCUAGGUUCAUCCCGCCAACCAGGCGGUUCAUUUCAACUACCCCCUGCGUCUUCCCUCUCCCAUUCUCCCCCUCCAACACAUUCACAAGUCUCUGCCAAUCUCUCCUUUGCUGAAACACCAUCUAUUGUUGCUCCAGCUGCAUACCCGCAUCCACAUUCCCCCAUUCCCAUAUCCGCUGCACGUCGGUCCCCUUCAGAGAAUAUGGAGAUGCAUUCGUUAACAGUGAACACGGCAGUUAUGAAUGAUGAGCCUCCGCCAGCUUAUACCCCAAAUUAA